UAUUGCCUCUCUGAGGUGGCUUUAGAAAGAGACACCAAAUGACACGUUUAGAAAGGGUUUAAAAGUUUGACGUGCUUGCAGUAGGCACUACUUACCCAGCGAGGAGCAGAGGAUUGGUGUUUCUGUGGAUGUCUGUGACCAUUUGAGCCAAAACCCAGCGAUGAAUAAUUCAACGAGAUGUUUGGCCACAGCAACAGUUUGCAACGGUUCGUCCUGUGUGGUACCUGCCAGCAAUUUCAAUGCCAUUCUAAGUGUGGUCCUGAGCACCGUCUUGACCAUCCUAUUGGCUAUGGUGAUGUUCUCCAUGGGAUGCAAUGUAGACAUCAAGAAAUUCCUGGGGCACAUAAGGCGGCCGUGGGGCAUAUGUAUUGGCUUCCUCUGUCAGUUUGGAAUCAUGCCCCUCGUGGGAUUCAUCCUGUCGGUGGCCUUUGACAUCCUCCCCAUCCAGGCCGUAGUGGUGCUGAUCAUGGGAUGCUGCCCCGGAGGAACUGCUUCCAAUAUCUUGGCCUAUUGGGUCGAUGGCGACAUGGACCUGAGCGUCAGCAUGACCACAUGCUCCACGCUGCUGGCCCUGGGAAUGAUGCCGCUGUGCCUCUUAAUCUAUACCAAAAUGUGGGUCGACUCGGGGACGAUCAUAAUUCCCUAUGAUAACAUAGGUACGUCUUUGGUGGCUCUUGUUGUUCCUGUUUCCAUUGGAAUGUUUGUUAAUCACAAAUGGCCCCAGAAAGCCAAGAUCAUACUUAAGAUUGGAUCCAUCACAGGUGCAGUCCUUAUCGUGCUCAUAGCUGUGGUGGGAGGAAUACUGUACCAAUCUGCCUGGAUCAUCGCUCCCAAACUGUGGAUUGUAGGAACAAUAUUUCCUGUGGCCGGUUACUCACUAGGGUUUUUUCUGGCUAGGAUAGCUGGUCAGCCCUGGCACAGAUGCCGCACAGUUGCUUUGGAAACAGGGAUGCAGAACACUCAGCUGUGUUCUACCGUGGUCCAGCUCUCCUUCACCUUUGAGGAGCUCAACCAGGUGUUUACCUUCCCACUCAUCUACAGCAUCUUCCAGCUCGUCUUUGCAGCAAUAUUCUUGGGAGUUUAUUUGACAUAUAAGAAAUGUUAUGGGAAAAACCGUCAGGAAUUUUCCGAGAGCAAAAGCAAUGAAACAGUCUCCGAGUCAUCGCUCUAUAAGGUGAAUGAAGGAUUUCAAGCACAUGAAAAGUAGACACCAUAUGGACAAAAAAGAAGAAUUCUAAAGAACUAUAACAAUAUUUUAAAAUAUUUGUUUCGCUGGGACAUUUGGCAAGAAAAAAAGUGAAAAUUUUAAUUUCAACUGAAUCUAUAUAUUUAUUGGUUUGGGUACCAAGUAACUGGUGGUCCAAAUCUUUAAUGUGACAAAUAUUUAUAUGUAAAUAAAUAUUUUGUGUCUUUGAAAUAUGCCAAAAACAAUAUCUUCAAACCUCGGCUAAACCUGAUAACACUGAGAACCUCAUAACUCCUGAACUGAAUUCUUACCCAGAAUCUCAUAACUCAGAGAUGAGCACCUGACUUUUUGUAUGUUAUAACAGAUCCACCGAAUUAUUACUAUGGUGAUUAAGAUUUUCUCCAGUAUUUAUGAUUGUAAAAAGAUUGAAAUGAACAUCUUCCACUGACAUAUUAUUAUUUUGAAAAAUGUUGCAACCUAUUUUUAUAACUGUGCAUUGUAACAUGGGCAAAUAUCUCACUUCCUGUAUUUAAAAAUAAAGAGAUUGUCACUUUUCUAAGUGACAAUACAAAAUCAAAAGUAAGAGAAAUGAGUUACUAAAUAGAAUUCAGUAACCAAAUUAGAAUCAUGACCAUACUCAUCAGUGAUAUUGUACACCCAUUAGACAUUUUCCUUAAAAAUGGCUUGAAUUUAGCAAAGUAUUCUGUAAGCCCUGGAGAAGGACUUCUUCAAGGUUUGCCUGCAUGAGGCAGGUCCACAUUGGCUAAUAUGACAGCUAUUUGAUUUUACGAAGCUCCACAGUAGGCAUCAGGGAGCGGGGAGGUGGCAAGAUGCACAAAGACAGUAGAAAUAUUGGAAGAAACAUCACCACUCCAGUGGGUAAAUUCAAUUCAAUGGGAGAUAAUGGCUAAUACAUGGAAAAGCACAAAUAACAGAAACCCAUUUGAAGGCAUAACUAGAGCCAAGUAUAUGUGCAGAAGGAAAUAGCAAUAAGAAUAAUGAAGUCGGUGGGCCAUGGGGGAAGUGAGUACUAAACAGUAUUUGAGAGAAAAAGAGGACAUGCCCAAGGCCCAGAAGUAGGAAGGGCAUUGCCCGGUGAGUACCUUGAAUGCCGUGAGUGGUGUAACGUGAGGAAGCCAGGAGGAUUUGCUCAAGGGCAGCAGGCUAUUAUGGCAAGAGGGAAACCCUGGCUGAAUGUUGGGUUCUCAAUUAUAGUGUCUAAUUUAAUUUCCCUCAUUCAGCAGCAAGAUGCGGGCACAUUCUUAACUCAGUUCUAUUUUCCAUUUAGACAUUUUUUGCUGCCUCAUUGACUCCCUUUCAAAUGUUUUGGAUCCAAAGGGCCUUUUGCAUUUAGAUACUGUGAGUUCAGAUAUGCUGGUGCACCUCAGUAUUAUAGGCACAUGGAUAUUAACUCUUAAUUUGCUUUUCAAUGGGGGGGGGGGAUUCUGCUUGGUAAUCUUGUAAUGUUUCUACCUUUUUAUACAAGAUGCACAUUUCCAAAUGAAUAAGACCUGUAUAUUUUUCCAUCAUUAGACAAUCUCAAGGGACUAGGAACUCUUAUUAAAGGAGUAGAGGCCCGAUGCAUGAAAUUUGUGCAAGAGUAGGCCUUCCUUCCCCUUGGCUGCCGGCACUGGCUUCCCUCUCGCACUCGGGACCCAGGCUUCCCUC